CUGCAUUUUGACACAUGACGACCGAGUCGCCGCCGCCGCUCGCCGAGAAGCGCGGCACGUUCGAGUUCAAGUACAAGUCGGGGCCGUUCUCGUCAUGGGCGCUCGUCUUCGCCAAGCUCGAGGGCCGAUGGCUGGCCUUGUACAAGAAGGAGGAUACCAACGUGCGGUCCGCGGCCAUUGAGAUCGGCGCCGGCGUCGCUUUCAAGAACCUCGCCGACCUCGAAAACUUUCCAAGGCGCUUUGACCUUGUGUGCUCGGGCGGCAUUCUACCGACGCUCGAGUGGUCGUUGCGAUUCUCUUCGAAGCGCGAGCGCGAUAGCUGGGUCGCAGCGCUCUCGCACAACAUUACAAUACUCUCGAGGUUCGAGUCGGGGGCGUUUCCACGCUACCACGAAUUCGAGGAGGCCCGGGACGCGCUGGAGGCACACGUGCCGCAGCUCAAGCGGCCGCUUUCGACCAAGGUUAGCAAGUCCAAGCCGAUGCUGCACGCGCUUUCGUUCAGCGGCGAAGAUGCCAUGAAGACGCUCGUCGAGCUCGGGUACGCGGCGACGCUGAUCGAGGGCCAUCGGAUUCUGGAGCGGCUUCUGGCGAAGAACCUGAUCCACCACAUUUUGUGGAGCCAUGACUUUAGCCAGCACGAGCUCUACUGCUUUACGCACAACCAAAAGACGCACGUGGUCAUUGACGCGUUCAACUCGCUUUUGGAAACCAACAAGUUUUGGAUCAACUUUGCCGGCGGCCACGACCGGUCGGCGUCGUCGGCCACGUUCGCGUCGGGUCAUACACGCGCACAGAGCAUCCGGUCGACGCACUCGGGCGACGAAGCCCGCGCGACGAUGCACUCAAUGGUCUCUGGGCACUCGGACGAGCAGUCGUCGGUCGCGUCGUCGGUCGCGUCGUCGUUCUUAACGCGCGAGAUUACGCUCCUGCCGCAGGCCGAGUGGACCAACCCGGACCCGAUCAAGAAAUGCGAGCGCUGCGACAAGGGCUUCUCGGCGCUCCGGCGCAAGCACCACUGCCGUGUCUGCGGCGGCGUCGUCUGUAGCACGUGCGGCGCGUACACGAACCUUCUCAUCGGCGGUGGCAUGGUCAACGUCCGCGUCUGUGGCGCCUGCCGCGACUCGCCGCGCCCGACCGACGCGAAGACCGCUUCGUUCACGUCGACGUGGAUUCCGACGGCGUCGUCAUCGUCGUCGAUCUCGUCGUGCAUCGACUGCGACGACCUCUGCGCACCGACGACGAUCACAACGUACCCACUCGACUUUCAUUGGGACCACCCGUGGCCGAAAGCCCCGGUCUGCGCGCACGAAGACCUGCGCCUCACUGCGCUUGCGGCCACGGGCGUCAUCCACGCCCCCGCCGAAGCACUCUUUGACCACCUUUGCUCGAUGGCAGCCACGGCCUCCAAGUGCGCGGUCGCCGUACUUGGGUUUCUCGAUGCGGAUGCACUGCAUAUCGUCAACGAGUAUGGGCUGCCACCAACGCUGCCCCGGACGGUGCCCCGUGACGUCGCGUUCGCGGCUCAUGCGAUCAUGUCGCCGAACCCGCUCAUCUGCCGCGACGUGGCCACGGACCUUCGCUUCUGCCGCAACCACACAAUGCGCGACGAGUGGGGCAUUGGGUUCUACGCGUCGUGCCCGCUCGUCCUUGGCUCGGGCGACAUCAUCGGCGUCCUUGAAGUUUACGACGCCGAAGCGCGCGGCCGGUGCGCCUGCGUCGGCGACCGCCUCGACCGCGUCGCCAAGCUCAUUGUGAAGCGACUCGAGGAGAUGGCGCUGACACCGACGCAAGAAGCGAUUGCGCCAGCGGCGCCCGCGCCGUCCACCAUGGAGACCAAGCUCAUGGAGCUUUUGCAGCAGACGACCGGCACGCAGCAGCAGCUGCAGCAACAGCAGGGUCAGAUGGUCAACACACUCGGGAGCCACUCCAAGCAGAUCGAUAUGCUCACGGAGCAGCUGCGACGGAUCGAAGCGUCGCUUGAUGCCAAGGCGGCGCGGAAAGCUGCCAGCGACGACGACACGCCGUCGUCCUAAUGUUGUAGCCCAUAAACAACACCGAUUGUACGUUAUUAGUAAUUUACC